AUUUUUUAUAUAUUUUUUUUUUAAAAAAAAAAUCCUAGUUAAAAACAAAGAAGAAAAGAAAUAAUAAUAUUAAAUAAAAAAUCAAGAAAAUAUUAUUUCCAGUAUCAAAAAAAAAACAAAAAAUGUCUUUGGGAAGUAAUGAUAUUUUAUCACGUACAUCUAGAAAUAAGUUAUAUAUAAAAUUGGUUGAACCAACAAUUAUUUUACAUGGAUCUCCUGAAGAUUCAUUAGGUUGUUUUUUGAGAGGUGAAUUAAUUUUGAAUUUAACUAAACCAACCAAAAUCAAAAAAAUCGAAUUAACAUUUCUUGGAAAAAUUAGAUUAUUUAUUCCACGUGCAGAUGGUGAAAUAGCUUCAAGUAAUAAUUUUGAAGAACGAGAAGUAAUUUCUCAUACUUGGACAUUUCUUAAUAAUUUAUCAUCAUCAAAUAUUGAUAAUGAUAGUGAUUCUAAUUCUAAUAAAUCCAUUCAUAGUAAUAAUAGUAACAAAAGUCUUGUAUCAAGAUUAUUUCAUUCUCUUUCUUCUAAAAAAUCGGAUUCAUCAAGAUAUACUAUAUUAAAAAAAGGAAUUCAUACUUAUCCUUUUGAAUUAUUUCUUCCUGGUACACUUCCUGAAUCGAUUAAUACUAAUGUUGGUAGAAUAACUUAUAAAUUAUCAGCAAGAGUUUUAAAAUCUGGAGUAUUUACUAAAAUAAGAAAGUCACAACAUGUUAAUAUAUUACGAACGAUAUUGGAUGAAUGGAAUCAAGGAAAGGUCGUUUCAAAUGAGUGGAAAAAUGUUUGUAAAUAUGAAGUUUCAUUUCUUAAAAAAGCUUUUCCUAUUGGGGAUUGUAUUAAUAUUGAAAUGAAAUUAAUACCAAAAGACAAGGAUAAAUAUGAUUUACAAUAUGUUCAUAUUGAUUUGGUUGAAAAAGCUUCUUAUAAUUUGAAGACAAGACCAAAACCAAAUGUACAAGAAUCUACAAUUUGUGGAAUUAAAUUACAAGAUUUUAUUGAAGAAUGGACUGAUAAAGAUUCUAAUAAUAAUUAUAGUUCUCAUAUAUUUAAAUUUGACAAAAAUCAUUCACGUCAACAACAAAAUGACAAUGAAACAAACCGAGAUGAAUCUUUAAAUUCAAAAGAGUUAUGUUAUCAUGAAACAAUUUCUUUUAGAUUACCAAAUUCUUCAUUUUCAAUUCAUCCUACUUAUACUUCUGAACCGAUCACAAUUUCUCAUGAUUUAAAAUUCUUAUUUUGUUUAAGAACUUUUACUAAUAAUAAUCGAUUGAAAUAUAAAAAAUUCACUCUUAUAGUACCAAUUACAAUCAUAGCUAGUAAAUGUAAGGAUGAUAUUUUACCUUUAUAUUAUGAAAGUGAAAAUGAUAAUGAUUCUAUCAUUUCAACUGCUUCUUGGGAUGAAAUUUCUUUUGAUGAUGUUUCUUUACCUCCUAGUUAUGAAUCUUCAAUAUAUGGUAGUAAAAAUAAUAGUUCUGUUAAUCUUGGAGUUAGUUUAUAACGAUAAGUGGGAAAAUAAGUGGGAAAAUGGGUGGGAGAUUUUUUGGGAAUUUUUUUUUUUUUUUUAGAUUGUAUAGUAUAUAUAAAUUAUUUUGUACAUAUAAAAUUAAAUUAUUAUAAUUACAAGGGGGUAAGGCGGUACAUUCGAUUCGAUCCAAUAAUUUCGGUUCUGACAUUUGAACAGUUCUGGUAACUGAUCAAAUUGCAACUAUAAAACUGAGACCCGUUCGAAACGGCUCAAAUAAUCUGUUCGUUCGGAACCGGAAUGGAUCGAAUCCCAUCUCUAAAUCAUUAUUUAGUCUUUAAAAUUUUUUUAAAAAAUUUU